AUGGAUCAAGAGCUGUAUGAUGAAUUUGGCAACUACAUUGGUCCAGAACUCGACAGUGAUGAUGAUAACUUUGAUGAUGAUGAUAAUCAAGAAGAAGAUGCUGAAUAUGUGGAGAGAGAUGAUGAUGAGGCUGACAUGGAUCAGGACGAUACAGAUGAUGUAGGAGACAUGCAAGUGGUGCUCCAUGAGGACAAAAAGUAUUACCCUACUGCUGAGGAAGUCUAUGGCCCUGACGUUGAGACAAUUGUACAAGAAGAAGACACACAACCUUUGACAGAACCUAUUAUUACCCCAAUACAGAAGAAAAAAUUCUCCAUGGCUGAGCAGGAUUUGCCAGACACCAGCUAUGAUAUGGAAUUUCUAGCAGAUCUUAUGGAUACUCCAGAGCUUAUCAGGAAUGUAGCAAUUUGUGGACAUCUGCACCACGGAAAGACUUCCUUUGUUGAUUGCCUCAUAGAACAGACUCAUCCAGAAAUUGAAGGAGGUUAUGACAGGGAUAUGCGAUACACAGACAUUUUGUUUACUGAGCAAGAGAGAGGGGUCAGCAUCAAAUCUACACCUGUCACCUUGGUGUUGCCUGACACUAAAAACAAAUCUUUCUUGAUCAACAUCUUUGACACUCCUGGGCAUGUUAAUUUCUCUGAUGAAGUCACUGCUGCCUAUCGUUUGAGCGAUGGUGUUGUUGUCUUUGUGGAUGCAGCAGAAGGGGUAAUGCUGAACACUGAGCGACUGAUCAAACAUGCCCUCCAAGAACGUCUCGCACUUACACUUUGUAUCAAUAAAAUAGAUCGUCUCAUCCUGGAACUGAAGCUGCCCCCAGCUGAUGCCUACUUUAAGCUUCGCCAUAUCAUUGAUGAAGUCAAUGCCAUCAUUAGCAUGUAUGCAGAGGAUGAAACAUCACAGACGGUUUCCCCUGUCCUGGGCAAUGUGUGUUUUGCCAGCUCCUACUAUCGCUUCUGCUUCACCCUCAAAUCCUUUGCACACAUUUAUGCUGACUCUUUUGGUGGCAUCAAUGAGAAAAAGUUUGCUGAGCGUUUGUGGGGAGAUGUCUACUUCAACAGUAAGACGCGAAAAUUCAGCAAGAAACCAUCCCAUAGUACCUCCCAGAGAUCAUUUGUUGAGUUCAUUCUUGAGCCACUAUACAAAAUUUUUGCACAAGUUGUUGGUGAUGUGGAUGAAUGCUUACCUCGUGUAUGUGAUGAACUGGGGGUCCACUUGACCAAGGAGGAACAAAAGCUCAACAUCCGGCCUUUGCUGCGUCUUGUUUGUCGACGUUUUUUUGGAGACUUUACUGGGUUUGUGGACAUGUGCGUGGAGCAUAUAUCAUCACCUGUAUCUAAUGCUCGCUCAAAGGUUGAACAUGCCUAUACUGGACCUUUGACCUCAGAACUAGCUGAGGAGAUGUGCCUUUGUUCAGCAGAUGGUCCACUGGUCAUUCACACAACCAAGCUUUAUCCAACACAGGAUGGUACUAGUUUCCAUGUCUUUGGACGUGUUAUGAAUGGGACAUUGCAUUCCAAUCAAGAAGUUCGAAUAUUGGGUGAAAAUUAUACACUGCAGGAUGAAGAGGACUCUCGCUUUGGACAGGUUGGACGGCUGUGGAUUUCUGAAGCCAGGUAUAAGGUGGAGGUGAACCGAGUGUCAGCUGGCAACUGGAUACUGAUGGAAGGCAUUGACCAGCCAGUGGUCAAAACAUCCACCAUCACAGACAUGACACCACACGAAGAGGUUUACAUCUUUCGACCACUCAAAUUCAACACAGGCUCAGUGAUGAAGAUUGCAGUGGAACCAGUCAAUCCAUCGGAGCUACCUAAAAUGUUAGAUGGCCUGAGAAAGGUCAACAAGAGUUAUCCUUUGCUGACCACAAAGGUGGAGGAGUCAGGUGAGCACAUAGUGCUCGGCACGGGGGAGCUUUAUCUGGACUGUGUGAUGCACGACUUGCGCAAGAUGUACUCAGAAAUAGACAUCAAAGUUGCUGAUCCAGUGGUGUCAUUUUGCGAGACUGUUGUGGAGACAUCCUCUUUAAAAUGCUUUGCUGAAACACCCAACAAAAAGAACAAGCUGACCAUGAUCGCAGAGCCUCUAGAGAAGGGCCUGGCAGAAGAUAUUGAGAAUGAAGUUGUACAAAUCUCAUGGCCCAGAAAAAAGCUUGGAGAAUUUUUCCAGACUAAAUAUGACUGGGAUCUGCUGGCUGCCCGAUCAAUCUGGGCCUUUGGUCCUGAUGCUACAGGACCUAAUAUUCUAGUAGACGAUACUUUGCCUUCAGAGGUGGACAAAAAUUUGCUGAGUGCUGUGAAAGACAGCAUAGUUCAAGGUUUCCAGUGGGCCACAAGAGAAGGUCCCCUCUGUGAUGAACCAAUUCGCAAUGUCAAGUUCAAGAUUCUUGAUGCUACAAUUGCUGGUGAGCCCAUUCAUCGUGGUGGUGGUCAGAUCAUCCCAACAGCCCGCCGAGUGGCAUAUUCAGCUUUUCUUAUGGCUACUCCUCGCAUGAUGGAGCCCUACUGUUUUGUAGAAGUUAUGGCCCCUGCUGACUGUGUUUCUGCUGUUUACACUGUCUUAGCCAAAAGAAGGGGUCAUGUGACGCAGGAUGCCCCAGUGCCUGGAUCACCUCUUUACACCAUCAAGGCAUUCUUACCUGCUAUCGACUCUUUUGGGUUUGAGACUGACUUGCGCACUCACACCCAGGGCCAGGCCUUCUGCUUGUCUGUCUUCCAUCACUGGCAGAUUGUACCUGGUGAUCCCCUAGACAAGAGCAUUGUCAUCCGUCCUCUAGAGCCACAGCCAGCCACUCACUUAGCCCGCGAGUUCAUGAUCAAGACUCGGCGUCGCAAGGGAUUGAGUGAGGAUGUCAGCAUCAACAAGUUUUUUGAUGACCCUAUGUUGCUGGAGCUGGCCAAGCAAGAUGUCUUACUCAACUAUCCAAUGUAGGGCAUGAGAGUGAAGAGCAACAGAUUCUGUUGGGCAUCUGAUGGUGCUGAUCCUGGUGUGCAGACAGACAUGUUGCGGACUUACUAGUGCAAAAGUCAAGCAGACCUUUGCUGCAGACAUUUUAUACAAACUUGAAAUGCACAGCUUCUGUUGAAAGUGGACUCAACAAUUGCUGGGUGUAUUGUUUGUAUUUUUUAAUAUCAAUAGCAAGAAUACUAAAUCAUUUCUAUUCUGUUGAAUCUUCUAAGAUUUGCAUUAGCAUCAGCUGCAUACCUUUUGAAGAAAAAAAAAAUGAAGCAAUGUGCAUUGUGAGUGUGUGUGUAUAAGAGAGAACAGGAGUUUGUGCCGUGUUAUGUAUAUGCAUGCACAAGUGUGGUGGUAGUAUGAAAUUUUGCCAGAGACCAUUAAAUGUUGAAAACAUGUUUAAUAAAUUUCAGUUCUGUCAACUUAGUUAAAAAAA